UAUUCGGGCCCAAUGGGCCGAAAUAUUAAACGAUUUCGGCCCGUAUAAGAUAUCUUCAGUCUCUUCGUUACCUUCGGUAGCUCAUGAGCUGAUUAUCGCCGCCGUCAGCCACCGUCGACCACCGCCUCCCCCUCAGCUCAAAUGGCUUCGGACGAAAAAAGCGCGGAUCAAAUCACACCAAAUUCUCCAUUAUCUUCUUCUUCGAAUUUGUCUUCAUCGAAUCCGGACCAGUGGAAGCAGCGCAUUCUAAUCCCCACUGUGCUCGCAGGGAUUGCUGGAGGAUCUGUAGGAUUGCUGUCAAAACACCGAAAUAAUCCCGGCGUUUCAGCGAUUUCAGCUAUAUAUGCUUCGAAUUUCGCUAUCGUCACCGGCUGUUACUGCGGUGCGCGAGAAUUUGUCAGGGUGAGUAGAGAAGGUAAACCAGACGACUUGCUAAAUUCAGCUAUUGGAGGGUUUGGUAGCGGAGCUAUUCUUGGUCGUCUUCAAGCUGGCCCAGUUGGCGCUGUUCGUUACUCUGUGAUGUUUGCUGUUAUUGGGACAGCAGUUGAUUAUGCUACUUCUAAGAUUAUGCCUGCCAUUUACAAGCUCAAAGAGAAGGACGACUGGCUUGUACUGCCCGAGUGGUCACCAAUCAAGAUACUAGACGAAGAGGCUCUCGCUGCAAAACGUGCUCGGGAAGAAAAAAUAUACAGAAGUGUCCAUAAUCUGAAAAAAGAAGAAUCUUGAUACAUCUGUGUUGUAACUCUGUGUGGCAUGUACUAAAUUUUUGCUUUUGCUUUUGCUGGAUGGAUACUUUUCAUGCCUCA